UUUCAUCAUCAUAUUCACAUCUCGUCGUAUUCACCCGCCAUUGAAAUCCCCAAGCUCUGACCUCGUCUCCCCAGCUUCUUAGCCCUAACCCCCAAAAACAGUGUUCAAUUUCCACUCAAAUUCGUCCAGAAAACGGCUCUCGUUUCAGUUUCUCUUCAACGGCAAUCACCUCCAUCUCCAUCCUUGCAGCGAUUCGUAUCUCUCUCUCAGGAUUGGGCCGUUUAAGACAAUAGGGGCUUUGUUUGGAACAGUGGUGUUUGGGCUCUUCACGGGUUAAAGAUUGGAUAGCGCAAGUGAUAUGUAACAAACAAUACAAAAUCUCAUUUCAGGCUUUUGAAAUAUGGGAUCAGUCUGUUGCGUUGCUGCUAGAGACAAGACUAUUGGCGUUGGAUCUAGUAGUGAAACGCAGCCUAGGAAUGUUCGUCACUCGCCGAGUUGGAGCUUUAGAUGGGAUCAUCCUGGGCGUGUGGUCGGUGAGGAAGUUUCCCUAAAUUCGAUUUCAGAUGGAGUAAGCAGGAACGACCGGCCUGAGUUCAAGUAUGAAUCCUCGUAUGCAUCAGAAGAGGGUAGUCCAUUGGAUAGACAGACAUGGAAAAACUCCUCAGUUUCUGAAGGAAGCACGACGAAUGUGAGGACGCCUACAUCAGGUCGUUCAAUUUCAAGAAAUAUUUUCACGGAUGUUAGUUUGGAACAGGUGAAGAAAGCUACAGAAUAUCCGACAACAUCUACAUCUCCUGCAAAAGUAUCCCUUUCAAUCCCUUCAAUUUCAUCUUUUUCAACGUCCCCUCUAUCAACCCACAGCCAUCUGCCUUCUGCCGGUUUGACAUCAUCAAGAUUGUCUCACUGUUCUCCCGGAGACCGAUUAUUACGUCAAGUAUCUGGCAACCGCAUCCCAGCGUACAAGUCACCAGGUAGCUACAUAGUUUCAGAGGACAGGCGUACAAUCCCUGGGAGCAAUGAUUCAUUGCGGGGCUCACAUGGUGGAUCUUCUGAUGGUUGGUCUAUGAAUGCUUUCUCUGAGCUCAUGGCAACUUCACAUAGGGGAAGAUGGUCCUUUGGUAGUGAAUCCUUCGACUUUGCUCGUGAGAAGAUGGUUAGAUCCUGCAGCUUAUUCUCGACUUCGCCUUCAACUGAUGCACAAACAUGCGGAAUUUGCUCAAUGUUGUUGGUUGAGAGAUCCUUAUGGACCAGCCAAAAGAUAAUUGCUAACAAUGAGCUGUCUGUCGUUGCCGUGCUAACUUGUGGACAUGUUUAUCAUGCCGAGUGUUUGGAGAAUAUGACACCUGAAAUUAGCAAGUAUGAUCCAGCCUGCCCAAUAUGUUCAUUUGGUGAAAAGCAGACACUAAGGAUGUCUGAAAAGGCACUUAGAGGUGAAUUGGAAUUGAAAAUUAGAAACAAGAGGUUAAGGAAUCGCAUUGCGGAUAGCGGUCUUGAUGGUGAAUCUAACAUGUUUGAUCAUUUUAUAAAUGGUGGACAACAAGAGAAGUGUCCUAAGCUGUCCUCUAGCUCCAGUUUGAGAGGUUCUUCCGGGAAGGGUUUCUUGAGGCGUCACUUCUCCUUUGGCUCAAAGGGGGGAGGGACUAAAGCUCUGCCAGAAAGUAACAACACAGCUAAGAGAAAGGGAUUGUUAUGGUCAAGAUCUACUAAGAUGUAA